ACAUUAACAAAAUCAAGCCGUCGAUUUAAACAUUGGAAAGGACUUUUUAAUGGCUCUAAUAUACAAUAUGAUCAUGUAUGUCAAAAUAGCAGCUCUAAUAAUGGAAAAGUGAAGAUGGCUGUCAUUCUACCUCGGGAUAGUCGUAAUUUAUUCAGUAUUAAAAUGAUAGCGCCUGGUAUUGAACUUGCGCUAGAUUACGCUAACAAGAAGGAUAUUCUAAAGAAAGAAAACGUUGAAUUAUUUUAUCGUGACUCUAACUGCUCAGCCAAGUUGGCUAUGAGAGCAGGAAUGGAAUUAUAUAUGUACCAUGGAAUAAACGUCUUUUUUGGACCGGUUUUUGAUUAUGCUUUAGUGCAAAUUUCCCGAUUUUCUUCUGUCUGGAAUAUACCAACAGUUACAGCUGGAGGCAUGGCUUUCGAAUGGACCACAGAAAGGAAGAAAUCAGACUAUUCUCUAGUCACCAGAUCCUCCAGCGAAAUAUCAACAUGGUCAUUAGCAGGUUUCUUUUUUAAAAUAUUCGAGGAAAUGCAAUGGAAAAAGGCUGCAUUAAUAUACGACAACGAUGCCGAUCUGGGUGUACUUAAUAGGUUUUGUUACAUGUUCGCAAAUAGUUUUGUAAAGAAGUCGAAAAAGAAAUUUCUCUAUCUAAUCUUUGAUCAGAACGACAUAGAAAAGACUCUCACUAAAGCAAAAAAUAAUGCAAGUAUGAAAAUUUCUAUAUCAAGCAUAAUAUAUUUUAGCUCCUCUCGAUUUAAUCGUAAUCCAUUACUUCUUCUAAUUCCAUCUUUUUCAUCUUUUCUUAUACCUGGUAUUAGCUCUGAUCUACUUCUCUUCCCACCAUUCCCUAUUGUAUUAGGACUAUCGUUUAAAAAAUUAAAAAAAGGGCAAGACAAAUUAAUUGCUAUCAAUGCUUAA